GACGCGAACGGGCCUACUGGGGUUUCGUCGCCGCUGCCGAAGCCACAAUUUCUUCUUCUUCCCUUCCAAAAUCUGAUCCCUUGGAAUCAGACGUAACCACCCAAUCCCCGACGCCCACCGCCAUCGGCACCGCCGCUGCUCCUUUACGUUCCUCAGCCAAAAUCGCGCCGGCGCUCUGUAGCCCCCCUGGACUGGCAUUUGAGAUGCCUGUGCCCCUGCUUGGCCUCCACGACUUCCGGGAGAAGGUCGCCGCCCAACUCGUCCCUUGGAGCCGCUCCAUCCAGUUCUGGGCUCGUGCCAUCGAUGUCUACGCCGGCUACAAGGUGUGUCAGUUUCGGACGGGACUCAUCAGCAAUUCCGCGAAACAGGAGGAGAUGUGGGAGAGGCAACAUGAGCUCGCAGCAGAGAAGAUGUAUUCUCUCUGCUCUGAGCUUGGCGGGCUCUUUCUCAAGGCUGCACAAGUUCUGGGAAAGCCUGAUUUAGCUCCAGCAGCAUGGGUAAGAAGACUUGUCACAUUAUGUGAUAAGGCUCCUGCUACUCCAAUUUCAGCUGUACAACAAAUAAUAGAGGAGGAAUUGGGACAAAAUUUCAGUGAAAUCUUCGAGCAGUUUGAAGUCGAACCUAUUGGAUCUGCUUCAAUUGCACAGGUUCACAGGGCAAAACUGAGAGGUGUUAAGACUGAUGUUGCUGUGAAGGUUCAACAUCCUGGAGUUCAACAGUUGAUGUUGAUUGAUAUCUGCAACUUGCAAGCAUUUGUCUUGUUUUUGCAAAAGACGGAUAUAAACUUUGAUUUGUUCUCAGUCACUAAAGAAGUGGAGAAGCAGAUUGCUUAUGAGUUUGAUUUCCUGAGAGAAGCUGCUGCUAUGGAAAAACUUAAGAAGUUUUUCAGCAAUAACAAUAAGAAGCCUCCUGUUUUAGUACCACGCAUCAUUCCUGGCAUGGUAACCAGGAAGGUCUUGGCAAUGGAAUUUAUUGAUGGCAUUCCGAUAAUGAAUCUUGGUGAACAAAUAGCAAAACUGGGUAUUGAUCCCAGCAGCAAAAUUGCAGUUAUUGGAAAGCAGAAAAUAUUAGAAAGUUUGACACUUGCAUAUGGUCAAAUGAUCCUAAAGGAUGGAUUUUUUCAUGCAGAUCCUCAUCCUGGAAACAUUCUUAUUUGCAAGGGCACAGAGGUUGCAUUGCUUGAUUAUGGACAAGUGAAGCAACUUCCAGAUGACCUGAGGCUUGGAUACGCAAAUCUUGUGCUUGCUUUGGCUGAUAAUGACCCUUUAAGGGCCAAAAUAAGUUACAAGGAGCUUGGCAUCAAUACAUUGAGCAAUCAUGCAGAUAGGGAUGAUGAAUUUUUGAAAUUAGCACAAAGAAUGUUUGACACUAAGCUUCCUCCUGGUGUCACUCUUAUGUCACCAUUUGCUGAAGACUCUUCGUUGAAGAAAGUCUCUGUUCAGAAUUUUCCGGAGGAACUUUUCUCGGUUCUUCGAACUAUGCAAUUGCUGAGAGGGCUUAGUGUCGGGAUGGGAAUCUUCUACUCAUGUGCUGAGCAGUGGAGGCCAAUUGCUGAAGAAGCUCUCUUCAAAGCUGGAAGACUUGAAGUUGGGGAUUUGAAAGAUCGAAGGCGCAGUGUGUUUAGCAGAAUAUUCCGGAGGUAGUAGUACUUCAACGACUUGUACAGUUUAAAGCAAAGACCCCAGCCUUUGCCGAAGCUCUUUUGCUCAACAUUCAACAACAUUUGUUAUUCAUGUUUGUCACCGGUCCAAUAAAAAUUAUAUAUGAUUCUUUUUGCGCCUUGUACUAGCUAUAUUGAGUAAAUUGACUGAGUUCUGAAAUAUUUUGUAGUGAAACAAUUUGGUUCGAAGAUUCAAUUGGAUCGGACAAAAAUCUGGUUCAACCGUAAA